AUGGGGAUGCGCGUUUAUGAUCCCAUUCACGACGUUUUCCAAGUUUCCGAACACGACGCACAAGACGCAAGUAUAGAUUCAAAACGGUCGACGAGAACACCGCAACUCAAUUCGUCUAAAACCGGUGGGAAUGAGGGGGAUGGGGAUUCUACGCAAAGUGAGGACAAUACCACUACAAUAGCGGCAGAAUCUUCCGUGAAACGCAAGUCACGCGAACCCAGCAAGUAUACGAGACAUUUGAAGAAGCCCGACGGAGAAUUCUUUACUCGCAAAGAUAUUCAAUUCGAGUUUUUAAGACAACUUUUCUCCGACAAACAAACGCUUUUCAGUAACCAUUACCAAGAUACAUUCCAGAUUGGCCAUUCCGAGUCCCCCGAGUCACUAAAUGUGACGGACGAGACGUACGCAGCACGCAAAUUCAUCGACAACGAGAAACUCACGUUUUCUGAAUGUUAUUUAUUGUCAGUGGCGUCGUCGACUAAGUGCUCCAAAGUUCUACGAGACAAGCUUCUGUUUGAUCAAAACGUGGCAUUUUCGACUUGCGUUUUGUCGUUGUUGGUCAAUACGGGCCGUCUUAACACAACGAUCAAUUUCUUUCUGGAGAUGACAUCGCAAUUGCGCACCUUCCAUUCGAUCCCAUGUUUGCAGCGAGACGCCCGAGACCCCAAAUCGUUGCAAGACACGCCGCGACUGAAAUCGAUCUUGAAAAACUUGCCUCUGGGCAACGACCCGAUCCCACUUAUGGAACAUCUGGAAGGAACCGCUGGCGACAAUACCCGAAUCGAUUCAAACCCGGUUAACUUGGUAUUUGCGUUGUGUGAAAAUGCCGCGUUGCUGAAUUCGACGCUGUUGAGACGAUACGUGGGAACGCCCGUUGCAGAAGAGUUUACUUUAUUUGACAUUUUCGACAAUGCCGCGUAUGACCCGAUUCAGCGUGCAAACAUUUUCCUUUGGCUAAUGUACGUGCAUUUGGAGACAGAUUUGAGCGAGCAAGCCGUCGUAGACGCGACGCGAUUGUUUGGAGGCGACGGUCAACUUCAACUAAGCCGUUGUAACGACGAAUACGAUUUGGACACGCCCGAAGAAGUGCUUUUUGGCGAGGAACAACGGCUGAAGCGGAUCGAGUUUUUGAAAAAGAACAAUCGGCUACCGCCCGAUGCGACAAGUGCGGCCGGCAUGCUACCGGUGUCUGCCGGUAUGGAACAAACGAAGCACGAGCAGGCUCGACAGCGACAGGCACGAAAUGCGGCCAAGCACGAGUCUCGGCCUGAGGAAGAACCCGCGCAUCACGGAACCCCUGUCAAGCAGGAAGUCGCGUUGCCUGCCGGUACCGAUACGGCAGUGUCACACUCGCCACCGCUGGGGCACGAGCAAGUAGCACAGCAAGCAUUACAGCUGCCUGCGGUAGUGCCUUCCGCAGCGCCAACUGCGAGCCCGCCGGCCGGCAAUGGGCGCCGGAAGAAAAAGGCCAGCUCCACGACACCCGCACAGGCACAGGCGUCGUUGGCAGCGCAAGCGGCACGCAACGAGGCGCUUGAUGAGCGUAAACGUGACGAGAUGGAGGCCCUCAUACAACAGGACAGUCUGGAAGAAGUGGCGCCGCAUUUGACGCAGGGCGCGCUUGCCCGAGAGCUGGACGAGGCCCAAAGCUGCGAACGCACGCGACGCACGGAGUUGGGACUGGUGAAGUUGUUCCACGAGUUCGAAGACGUUACCAUGGCGACCGUAAUAGGCGUGCGGGGCAAAAAACGCAAGAAGUUCAAAGACGGCGUGCUGGGCUACGAGACGGACUUUAUCCGCGUGAUGGGCGCGGCGAAACGUGUGAUGCUGGCAAGGCCGCUUGACGGAGACGACGACGACGCUGCGCCGCUGGCCGAGUUCAGGUGUACGUAA